GCGAGCCGCGUGCCCUUACAAACAUGGUGCCUAUGCCGUAGGUCAGUACAUUUUUUUUUUUCCUCGCUAAGCGUCGAGGUAUGGUUUGUAUGGAUUUCAAAACCACUGCACUGCUAAGACUGCUAACCAAAGCAAGCCAUUUCAUUGGCUGAAUAGCCUAGAAUAGUGCGAAGUCGCGUAAUCGUUUAUGAAUGAACUUCAUCCGUGAUGUAGAGGCGUAGAGCUUACGGCAUAAGGACCGCUCCGAUGCUGUCAUCGGUGGAGUCAACUAGUUGAUAAACGCGUGGAACAGAAGCAUCACAAUUCAGUGGACAGAGACGGGAGGCAGACAUCGCUAGCUUACAGGUGAUUACUAGCCGUCGGCGCUGCGCGCACAAGAUCGAAGGACAAGGCAGGGAUCCGAAAGAAGAGCCGAAGUAAAAGGGCAUGACGAGUGUUAGCAUCAAGGUAGAGCCGAGUAGCCCUCCAACCAUGCCACAUGCUGACACAAUGGGCAUUAACAUCAAGGUAGAGCCGAGUAGCCCUCCAGCCACGCCACCUCCUGGCAUGAUGGGUGUUGACAUCAAGGUAGAGCCGAGUAGCCCUCCAUCCACGCCACCUCCUGAUGCUACUAAAUCCUGUUUUGUGGACAUGGAUAGAAAUGGGCCAUCUGAGGCUGCAGCACUUCUGCCUACGAUCGUAUCCGUAAGCACAUCUACAAACAGCGCUGAAACUUCAGAAGGCGCUGCUGUAUUGGAUGGCAACAUAAGAACCUGUGAAGAAGCUACAGAAUCGCAACUGACGACGCCCGGAACUAGGGUUGCCAACCGCAACGUGUGCGACGUAUGUGGGCAGUGCUUUACAACCAAAGGCUCCCUGAACAGGCAUCGAAAUUUGCACACGGGCGAGAAGGCACACAUCUGCUCCGUCUGCGGCCACAAGUUUGCCACAAGGUCAAAUUUGGCCACACACGUGCGUGUCCACACGGGCGAGAAACCAUUCGCCUGUUCAAUCUGCGGCCGCAAGUUUGCUGACAAGACUGCCCUCAAUAGACACCACCGUUACAUACAUGUGGGCGAGAGGCCCUACACUUGCUCUGUGUGUGGGCUGAAGUUUCCUGAUAAGUCCGUACUAGUUAGACACGAACGCUUGCAUACGGGUGAGAAGCCGUACGCCUGCGAAAUGUGCCCUUCGAAGUUCUUUAGGAAGGAUGACUUGGGCAGACACAUGCAGCUGCAUGAAAGUGGAGUAGAUAUGUACAACUGUAUGGAGUGCGGCAAGGCCUUCAAGAGCGAGAAAUCUAUGUUGCAGCACAUAAAGUGGCACAGGGCAGAGAAGCCAUACGCAUGCCACCUUUGCCCUGCCAGAUUCACAGAGGAAAAACGUCUAGAAUAUCAUAUGUCGACGCACAGGAGUGAGUAUAUCAUAGGAAUACCAUACGUCAACGCACAGGAAUAUCAUAUGUCGACGCAAAAGAGCACCGUGGCGAGCACAGACAGCACUCUGGAAAUCAUGAUGCCGAGUAACUCUUCAACCUUUCUGCCUGCAGAAGACGUCAAAACGAAUCGAACAAGUCUGACUGAUGAAUCACUUGACAGUAGCAGCAUUGAAAGUUCAAGAGACAUCACGGAUAGCUACCUCACUGAAGCACACAGUAACAUGAUUGACAGGAAUGACCUCGCCAAGUACGGCAACUCGAACUUAUAUGACGUCCAGGUUAUCCAAAGCUGGGCAAAGGUGGCACGGGUAUGGCCUUUCCGUCUUGUGCCACUUCAAGUGCUGCUGCAGAGAUCUCAUGCGCUCGAAGGUCUUCCCACACUCUGGGCAGUGGCACAUCUCUACUCCCCUGGCAUGCAGCUGCUUGUGUCUGUCCAAAGACACCUUCAUGCGGAAUUUGGAUGGGCAUACCUGGCACGCAUACGGCAUCUCACCUGUGUGCACGUGACUGUGUGCAACGAGUGUGGACUUCAGAGGAAAUUUCUUCCCACAGACAAGGCAAACGUAGGGUUUCUCACUCGUAUGAAUGAGACGUACGUGUCGGACGAGAGCCGACUUUGUACAGCACAAGAGCUGCCAGAGGAUCUUAUCGCACUUGAACCUCGUACAGGCCAUGACAGUGCCAUUGCCAGCAGCGCCACCAGCGUUGCUGUGCACAAAUAUUUGAUUGUCAAUGAAAUGUGGUACCAACCAUGGGUUAAAAACCUGCAACCUCGAGUUCAGCAGAUCGAAGCUGUUACCACUGGUCUAACACAGCAUCUGACUGCCAUGCGACAGCACGUGGAAGUUGGUGCAGCUCACCUUAUGUCCCUGUCGAACGCAGCCGUGCCUACAGAUGUUUCAGUAUUAUUUGUCGAUGUAGCUACAGAGAUGAUCCUGGGCAGAAGGAUUGGAGGCUCAGGUUUUCCUUCUCUGUCCAUGCCUAGAGGGUCCUGUGAAACAGCACAAACAGAGGAUGGGAGCCCCUGGGAACCCACAAAGAACUCCAGGAUCUGUAGUCAGCAUUUUAUCAACGGCGAAAGAUCAAAUGAUCCGAGAAGUCCAGCUUAUGUGCCAAGUAUAUUUCCAAGCGUGCAUGGCACUUCCAAGAGGUAUCAAAGGUUGCGGGCACGAGAGCAAAAGGUGGACAGCAUUACAGCCGCACAGGCUCUGGAAGAUGUCAUGGUCGACUGCAACUCAGAGGAAGAAAAAAUAAGUAAUAUGAGUGUUCAGGUCAAGGUAGAGCCAAGUAGUCCUCCAUCCUUGCUACCCUCGGGCAUGAUGGGCAUUGACUGCAAGGUAGAGCCGAGUAGCCCAGAACCCAUGCUUCCUUUGGAAGUGAUUGGUGUGGACAUCAAGAUAGAGGCGAGUAGCCCUCCAUCUACGCCAUCUCCUGACCAUCUGGACAAGGAUACAAAAGGACCUUUUGAGCCUCCAGUCCUACUUCCAAAUAUUGACUCCGUAACCACAUUGGCAAACAACACUGAAGAUUCAGCAAGCACAGCUGCAAUGGACAGUGACAAAAGAACCUCCAAAGGAGCUACAGUAUCACCUCCGAAAAGGCGUAUUGAGUGUAAGAUGUGCGGUCAGUGCUUUGCAACCACAGAGACCUUGAGAAACCAUUGGAAUGUGCACACAGGCGAGAGGCCAUACGCCUGCCCUGUCUGCGACCUCAAGUUUGCUCGGAAGGCAACUCUUGAACAGCACAAGCGUACCCAUACGGGCGAGAAGCCAUACCUUUGUUCCAUCUGCGGCCGCGGCUUUUCUCAAACGUCAAGUCUCGCGACACACCGUUUCACCCACACGGAUGAGAGAGCACAUGCCUGCCUCAUCUGUGGGCAGAAGUUUGCUAAUAAGACCAGACUCGCUAGACACGAACGUGGCCAUACAGGUGAGAUGCCCUAUAUGUGCCAGAUGUGCCCGUCCAAAUUCUGCAAGAAGGAGUCUUUUGACAGACACGUGCAGCUGCAUGCAAGUGGAGUGGAAAUGUGGCACUGCCUGGAGUGUGGCAAGAACUUCACGAAGUUAACUGCCCUGCUGACACAUCUGAAGUGGCACAAGAUGAAUAAGCCACACCCGUGCCACUUAUGCCCAGCCAGAUUCGAAAAGAAAUGCUACCUGGAGAUUCAUAUGUUAACUCACACGGGAGAAAAGCCGCACAAGUGUCCCGUGUGCGAGAGACACUUUGCCAGGCCUUCUGAGGUCAGAAGGCACACGCGCAGUAUCCAUGAUAGAGCCAAGAUUACCACAGCAAGCUCUGUCAGCAAGGCGGAGGAGAUUACCUUGCCAAGUAACACUCUGACUUUGCUGCAUCCUGAGGAUGCUGACAUGAAUGAAAAAGGACCAGCUGAAGCAGCAGUUGACAAACCAGCAGCACUGAAACAUUGUGAGGCAUCACAGCAACCUAGGAUGACCUCAGUGGUCUUCAGUGAAACACAAUUGACAGGAACGCCUGUGUGUAAGGGGACCGUGGUGACAUUUAUUCAUCAAAAGGUAACAUAGCGCUAGCAUACGUGGACAAGGAAGACACAACAAGACGAGCGCUGAAAGACAAAGAACCACAUUGACAGACAUUUAUUCCAUGUUUCCUCUGAGGCAUGAGAAACAAGUCAGCUCCACUUCGAAGCUGGGAAUCUUCCAAGGUCACAAUCCUCAGAAUCGUCGCACUCAGCCCAACGCACUACUGGUGAAGACAGUGGCACUUUGAGCAUGCUUGCUUCAGCAAGAAUCAGUUACCUGGUUCUAUGUGCAGAAACAGCUACUCCUUCUCGGAAACCUUGCUGUGGAUAAGCAUUCCCACCAGCCUCAGAAGACAUUACAGUGCUGCCAGUGCCAGGUGAUUACCGAUGACAUCAUUCCAGUAUCACAUGUGGAUUCGCAUUGACAAGAGGCCAUGUGAGUGUAAUGUCUACAGUGAACACUUUAAACAUUGGGAUCGUUGAAGAAACAGUGCUUCACUCACCUGGAUAAAAAACAGUACAAGUGUACCAUGUUGAAAGUGAUAUAGCCAGCACAGUCACUAUAGAAAGCAUGUGCUACGUAUCCACAAUGGCACAGUUGAUGAAGGCUGACUACUGCAAGCCACUCUCAUUACCCCAGCACCACUUCCAGCAUUUGUGGAAACUGCAGGUAAUAAAGACCAUUAGGGGAUGGACAAUUUUAUUGUGGGUGACUUGCGCUCUUUAUUAGCCACUGCUGUCUGCUUGGAUUCAUCAAAAAGUGUGAAUGUUCACCUGAUAUGUAUUUCGAGAUGGCGUAGAUAUUGUUAACAAAUGAGCCCAUGUUUAAAAGGUUUAAAACAGAGGACUUAAAUACGAGUGGUUCACAUAUAAAUAUGGAAGCAAAUUACACUGUCCAACAAAUAAAAUUGUUAAUCAUGCUGAUUAUGGUAGUGCUAUAAAUCAUAUGGUUAGAUGUUGGCAUAUUUCUAUAGUUACAAAUUUGAAGAACACAGUAGCAGAGUUUAAAGACACCUGCAAUUGUUAGGAUGUUGAUAAUGUGUAGUAGGGAUCUAUUACUGCGUGUAUGUGUAUGCAUAUAUAUGAGUUGCAAAUGUGCUGAUGUUAUGCACAUAAUUUAACAGUGGGUAACCACAUGAACUGCUGAACAAAUAUUGUGCCACACUUUUAAAAAAUAAUGUCGGUUAUGUAAUAGCACUAGCAGUGCUGUGCGAAAGGCCGGU